AUGCGACUCUCAGGAACGGCAAUAAUUUGUAUCUCUACAACGGCUAUAGCUUGUAGGCAUGACUGGAUACACAACCCAAGAGCAAAGAAGCUUCAAAGGCUAGCUAAACGACAGGUUGAGUACCCGCCAGUGCUGUCAGAUGCAGAGCAGAUUCUCGUUAAUUCCUUUGACAACAACUCUAUAUCAGACUGGGCGUACUACUAUACUCAUGGUGAUCAUCUUGGAGGUAGCCACAACAAGUCCAUGGCCCAAUGGACGGCUGAUCGCUGGAAUGAAAACGGGCUCAACGCAUCGUUGUAUGAGAUCCCAGUAUAUACGACGUACCCCCAGCAUAGUUCAUUAGCCAUCAGAUACACAAAUAGCUCCGUCCACAACGCAAAUCUAAUUGAGGAUGUGUUAGUUGAAGACGACACAACUUCAUUCCCGAACAGAAUCCCAGCAUUCCAUGCCAUGUCAGCUUCUGGUAAGGUCAUUGCGGAAUACGUCUAUGUUGGACGAGGCGCUCAAGGAGACUUCAACAGACUCAGGGAGCUUGGCAUAGAGCUUGAGGGGAAGGUUGCAGUUGCCAUGUAUGGAGGUAUCUAUCGUGGUAUAAAGGUCAAGAAUGCACAAGACAAUGGUAUGGCGGGUGCAGUCCUCUUUACAGACUCGCUGGAUGAUGGAGAAAUAACCACAAAGAACGGAUAUGCUGCAUACCCGAUAGAUGGACCCGCGAGACAGCCAUCUUCAAUUCAGCGAGGUAGUGUGCGUUUCAGUUCUCUUUACUCCGGAGACCCAACGACAGUGGGCUACGCAUCAGGCCCGGGAGCACCCAGAGGAGAUACUACGCCGUAUACACCAUCCAUACCCAGCAUACCUGUCAGCAUGAUAGACGCAGUGAAGAUCUUGGGUGCUCUCAACGGCCACGGUUUCUCAGGACAAAAGGUCAAUCGUAGUUCCUACGUUGGUCACCUUGAAGACGUUGAGUACUUUUCUGGUCCAGCUCCAGGUGUGACAAUUAAUAUAACUCACUUUAUGAAGAGCUCUAUUACACCAGUAUGGAAUGUCAUCGGCGUCAUCAACGGAACGUCGCAGGAUGAGGUUGUCAUUGUAGGCAAUCAUCGAGAUGCAUGGGUCAUCGGCGGUGCGGCUGAUCCCAACUCUGGCAGUGCAAUUCUCAUUGAGAUGUCUCGGGCUUUUGGGAAGCUCUUAGCACAAGGGUGGAAGCCAAAACGUACGAUACUUUUGGCCAGCUGGGAUGCAGAGGAAUUCGGCCUCCAGGGCUCAACCGAAUGGGUAGAGAGUCAUUUGCCAUGGUUGACGAGUGUAUCUGUCUCCUACCUUAACAUCGAUAUCGGUGUCGGUGGUCCCAGAACUGGAUUGAGCGGCACUGGUGAUCUGCAAACAAUCGCCACUGAAACCAUGAAAAAGAUCUUGUACCCCGAGGGUUAUGGUGUUGGCCCUACGCUGUAUGACUCAUGGCGCAACUAUACUGAAGGUUAUAUUCCACCACUCGGAUCUGGCUCUGACUACGCAGCAUUCUGGCACAAUGGCAUAUCCGCCCUGGACAUCUCCUCCGAUGCAGGGCCCACUGAUCCCGUCUAUCAUUACCAUUCCAACUAUGACACAUUCCACUGGAUGGUCAAUUUUGGUGACCCAGGUUUCCAUGUACAUACCGCAAUGGGCCAGUUCAUGUCACUUCUGACGUAUACAAUCGCUGAUUCGCGUAUACUCCCAUAUGAUCUACCAAACUACGAAAAUGUUCUCCAGGAUUAUUAUAACGAGCUCCUGGAGACUAUCGCUGACGCCAAUGUUGACCUUAACACUACACCGCUCCGCGACGCCAUAGGCACAUUUGGGGAGAAGGCUGCACAGAUUACCUCUGCUGGGCAGACUGCGCAGAUGCUAAACGAUACAGCUAUCAUUCAGGUCAUCAAUAGCAAGUAUCGCGACUUUCAGCGCGGGUUUGUGAGUCAGGGAGGCUUACCUAGCAGGAAUACAUUUCGCAAUGUUCUCUCCGCUCCCGGGUUGGACAAUGGGUAUGGCGCGGUUGUGUUUCCUCCCAUUACUGAAGGUGUCGAAAGCGGCGAUUUGGCGCAGGCAGAGGAGUGGAUCCAGAAGUCUGCCAACGCAAUUUUAAGAGCGGCCGAGAUUUUGGAUAUUGACUAUGGAAAGGUAGGGUCGUGA